AUGUUCGCCAAGCCUUCGAAGGUCAGCGGGAACGUGCUGCUCAAGAACAAGGACGUCAGGACGCUGCGUCACGACGUCGCCACGUGCUUUGCAAGCUCUAUAGAUGGCCCGGAUGACCCGAAUCUCAAGCGAGUGCUGCCACCUAAGGCUGUUGUGCAGAAGGUGCGCUUCCAAGCGCCAUCGCGCGUCGUGGUGUAUACUGCAGAGGCGAACAAAGUGCCGGUACUAUUCGAUAUGACAGGGAAAGGCGAGUGGGGCUUUAGUGUGUACGCACUAUGGCAAUCGCCAGCACUGCUGCCUCGUCUGAUGGUCCAUGCUCCGGUGAGUACGUUUGUGCUGCGUGGCGCCGAUGUGAUGCUGCCGGGUGUCGUCUUUCCGUCCCCAGAGGCGCUGCAGACGCUGCGGAAAGGGGAGCUGCGAGCUGUGUACGUGGAGGGCAAUCCCCAUGCAAUUGCAGUGGGUGAGAUGCUCGUGGAUGCAGCGGAUGUGGAACGCAGUGGCAAGGAGGGACGAGCGCUCAGGCUCUGGCACGUAGUUGGCGACGCGUUGUGGCAAAUGGGGCCGCAAACGCUACCAAAUGAAGGGUUUUUAGGUGACCAUGUGGUGUCGAUUGGGCAGAAAGAACAGCUGGAGGAGACCGAGGAGGAAGAAGAGAGAGGUGGUGAUGCAAGUGGGACAACGGAGAGUGGUGCAAGUUUGGAAGAUGAGGUGCAGGGAAAAGAUACGAAGAAGGAGGAAGAGGAGGUGACCAAAGAGCAGAUGGAUCGGUAUUACGUUGAGGCUUUGCUGCAAGCACUGAGGACUUCGCGGGUGCGUGAGAAAGACCUGCCGAUGCUGGCAAGCUCGUUCCAUGCCAACGUGCUGUUGCCAUGUCGUCGUGCUGGUGUGACACUGAACAUCAAGCACAGCUCGUUCAAGAAGCUGUCUGUGUACUUGAAAGGGAUGGAAACGCACGAGCUACUAACGGUCGUUGAUAAUGCUGGCGUGGUGUCAAUCACAACGAUCUCCAGACGCCAUCGGGAUGUGCUGUCGCACGAAGCAUAUGAGACGGUUGAAGACGCGCAGCAGAAAGAGCAGGCCACUGCUGACAAAGCAGCAGGGUUGCAUGAUUUCACUCCUGGCCAGUCUACGCCUGAGAUCGAGGAGAGUUUUGGUUUGUCACCGGCGCUCAAGACGUUGUUUCUACCGAUUCUGCCCGUUGCUACUAUUGAUCAGCCGGUCCAAAAGUACUAUUCGCGUAUGGAGGUUCGCGACUUGGUCACUCAGUACGUCGAAAGUCAAGGACUAGUUGACACUGAAAACCGCAAGUUUGUGCGGCUAAACGGUCCUCUUACUGACGCUCUCUACGGCAAGAAAGCACCUGCUGGUGGGUACAAAGAGCGCCUCGCUCGACAAGAAAUUUGCAAUCUUCUGCUGUCCAAGUGUACGCAUUACCACCGAAUCAGGCUCUUUCCGACGCACGCAGCUAAAUUCCGUGGCGGCAGCUUCCGUCCGAUUAUGAUUGUUGCUAAAAAACUGAAGGGCCGAAACAACACGACAGUGACGUCCAUUGCGUUUUAUCAGCAGUUCGGCAUCGAUGGCGCUGCGUUUGCCAAAGAGGUGCAAAAGAAGUGGGGGUGUAGCGCUGCCUUGCGGCCAUCCGAAGAUAAGAGCAUGUGCGAAGAGAUUCAGAUCCACGGCCAGAUGGUGAACGAGGUACUGGAGCACUUGGGGACCAAAUACCGCAUCAACGCAAAGUACUGUGACGUGUCUUAUGGCAAGGACGUCAAGGCCAAGAAGAAAAAGUGA